AUGCCUCGGAAAAGCUUGUCGUUGCUGCUUCGAAGUUGCGUGGCACUUUCCGCUACCUUACAAUGCCACGCCCAAAGCAUCCUGCAAGGUUUACUUCCAAACGUUACUCUUGAAACUGAUCUCUUAUUGGGUUACUCAAAGUUGGGCCUUCUCCCUUAUGCUCACAAGGUGUUCGAUAAAAUGCUCAACAGAAACAUGCAUUCAUGGAACAUAAUGAUUGCCUCCUAUGUCCAGAGUUCAAUGUAUUCUGAUGCCUUAACGGUUUUUGGUGAGUUUAAGAGGUGUGGCCUUAGGCCUGAUCAUUAUACGUUGCCCCCAUUAUUUAAGGCUUCUAUUGGCAUUGGUGAUGCUUGUAUUGGUAACAUGUGUCAUGGUUGGGUGAUAAGGUUAGGGUAUGAGGGGUAUGUUGUUGUGACUAGUUCUGUGCUUGAGUUUUAUGUAAAAUCUGGGGCUAUGUUUCAGGCUUGCUGUGUGUUUUCCAAUAUGCUUUGUAGGAAUUCCGUGGUGUGGAAUUUGAUGAUUUCUGGGUUUGGAAGAGCCGGCUUGUAUUCGGAUGCUAUGAAUUGUUUCAGAGAAAUGGUGAUUUUGAACGGGAUGAGGGUGGAUUUCAUGACUGUUCCUAGCAUUUUGAAUGUUUGUGGAAAGGAAGGGAACUUGUUGAAAGGGAAAGAAGUGCAUGGGUAUGUGGUCAAAAGCUUUUCCCUUGAUGCAGAUGCUCCUAUUGGGAAUGCAUUGAUUGAUAUGUAUGGCAAGUGUGGAUGCUUGAAUGAUUCAGAAAGGGUUUUCAGGACCAUGCGCCACAUGAAUCUGGUCACAUGGACCAGUAUGAUAUCUUGUUAUGGGAUACAUGGAAAGGGGGAGGAAUCAGUUUUGCUGUUUAAGAAGAUGAUAGAUGAUGGGUUUAGACCGAACUGUGUAACACUCACAGCAAUCUUAGCCAGUUGUAGCCACUCAGGUCUGAUAGAUCAAGGCAAGCACAUUUUCAGCUCAAUUCAUUCAGAUUAUGGAUUUGAGCCAACUGUUGAGCACUAUGCUUGUAUGGUGGAUCUUUUGGGCCGCUGCGGGUAUCUUGUGGAAGCACUUCAGUUAUUGAAAAGCAUGAAAUCAUCAGGGGCAGGAAGCAUUUGGGGCGCCCUUCUCUCUGGCUGCAUGAUGCACAAGAAUGUUGAAAUUGGAGAAAUUGCAGCCCAUCGUCUCUUCCAAUUAGAACCAAAUAACACUAGCAACUACAUAGCUUUGUGUGGCAUCUAUCAAUCUCAUGGUAUGCUUGAUAGAAUUUCAACUGUUAGAGCAAAAAUGAGGGACUUAGGUUUGGUUAAAACUCCUGGCUAUAGCUGGAUCAAUAUUGCAGGGAGGGCUCAUAAAUUCUACCAGGGGGACCUUUCUCACCCACUAGCUCAGAUGAUUUGCAAAAUAAUAUAUCAAAUUAGCAAUACUCAGUUAUUGACUAAUGAUUGGGGAGUAGGAAAUCUACUACAUAAUGAUGAUUCUCUGUUUAUGGGUUUGUAG